AUGCAGGUUUGUGCUCUGUCGGAGACCCUCCUGGAGAACGCCACCAUCACUCAGCUGGAUCUGUCAUACAACUUCAUAGACGACUCUGGAAUGAGGAGCAUAGUGCAUCUUUUGAAGAUCAACAGGAAUCUGAAGUCUUUGCAAUUGGAAGGAAAUUGCAUCACAUCUGCGGGCGCCGCCUCCCUCGCGGCAGUGCUGUCUCAUUCAAGCAAUACGGGGCCCGCGCUGCACAGGUUGUCAUUGCGCGGCAACCCGCUCGGGGAUGAGGGCGUGGCAGCCAUCGCCGAGGCUCUCAGAACGAACGUGAAUAUCAGGCACCUCGACCUGGGGCGCACUGACAUGGGAGAGAAGGGCAUCGUGGCUCUGUGCGCUGCAUUGACAGAUCGCAACUUCCUGGAAAUCCUGGGACUGGAGAAGCCUUUGGUGCAGGGGCCCAAAGACAACCUCAUGUGCCACAUGGCCCUCAUGAUCGCCCGCGCCCAUCACUUGUCGACGCUGGGGCUGGGAAAGCACUCCCUGACGGACAGCGAGUUCGAGACACUGCUGGCGUACGGCCUGACGAAGAACAGGAGCAUCACGUCAUUGGACUUGAGAGCCAACAAACUGUCUGGAAUGUCAGGCCCCGCCCUCGUCCGCCUCUUGAAGGAAUGCCCCGCGCUCCGCGACCUCAACUUGUCGCACAACGACCUGGGCGACAGCGGCGCCCUCGCCGUUGCUCAGUGCCUCCCUUACGCCCACCAGCUCAGGCACCUCGACCUCCGCGGCAACAGCAUACGGGAGGCCGGACUGGCGUCCCUGGCAGAGAGCCUCCGGCCGAGCGCGGCCCUGGAGUCGUUGCUGCUGUGGGGCAACGGCUUCGGCCCCAUGUCUAGCCAGGCGUUCGGCGACGUGCUGGAGGCGCUUGCCGCGGAAUCCAGGAAGCCGGUCAUGGACAUUGCGCCAUAUGAGGUCGACGGGCAGCCAGGCGUGGCCGCCGUCGAUGUGGCUUCUUAG